AGCUACAAGUGCGCACUUUUGCCGCGUUUAGCUCACGGCCUGUUGCAAAGGGUUGCUGGGUCUGUGGAACGACAUCGUUAAAACAACAACGACAUAAAAGGGAACUUGGCAGAUGAGGUGUGCUCGCGGACUGCUGUGCUCAGCUUUGAGCCGCGUACCGGAGGCCACAAGCGUGGUGAAGGACUACCAACGGAUCCAGGCCGACAGAAAAGAAGUGGCAACUCGUGAGGCCAAGAAGAAAGAGUUCGAGCAGUACCCGUUGCGGUAUCAGAUUUUGGAAUGCCGCCCCGGGCUUCCCUUAGCGCUGACGAAGCUCAAGUACCUCUUAGCGUGCCGCCGAACCCACCCUGAGGCAGGCGGCGACGCGGAGUCCUUUCUCCGGGUGAACCUCGCUUAUCAGGAUGUCAUGAAGGACUACGGCGUGGAGACGGUCGACAACAAAAUUGUGAAUUUGGGCAACUUCCAGACAGACGAUCAAGAGGCGCAGAACUACCUAGAGGCGCGCGCCAAGAUCACCUCUUACAUCCCAAUAUCUACGCUAGAGGACCACAUCAAGCAAAUCGAGGAAAUUCAAGGUCGCCUGGGUGAUGAACUCUCCGAUAAGCUGUCGGUCAACAGCGAUGAGGCAAUGUGGCUUCUGGAGGACAUCGAGGACGUCAUGGAGCAAACCGGCCUCAAGACGGUCAAGGUGAAAGUUCUCGAGGACGGCAAGGUGCACCUAAACGACGUGCAGGCACUCACGGACGGCACAGAGAAGCCGCUUUUUCUCACCGAUGACAAGGAGCGCGCAAAGAGCCCGACAGGGUCGUCAGCGACCAGCGACGCGGAGGCAGCCGAAAAGGACGCGAGCGCUGAGUCGGCGGAAGUCCACCGUGAUGCCUCCACCGACGCUGCAAAGGAUGGCGCGCCGUCAGACGAGAACGCGCUGUACGAGGCCGUGGUGUCGAAGAACGAUAUCGAGGUGCUGAAUGCGAAGAACACCCUCCAAGACCGGCCAGAUGUAGCCGGACUCGCCGCACGCACGGCGACGGAGGUCAUGAACAAUACCGAAGAGGUGAAGAGAAUGAAGCUCGAAUCGUCUGUUCUCUACGUGUUUCUUGUGUCGCUGAUGGCGCUGGUGUACAUCUACAUCGAGGGUGCGAUGCGCGCAAAGCGCCAGGCCAGCUCUCGUCCAGAGACGAUGGAGCACGUGACGAGCGACACCAUGUUGCCGUGGUGGGGCAACGACGCGGAGUACGAGAGUCAGGUGAAGCGCAUUUUCGUAGACGAGUGGCGCAAGGCGCGUGCGUCGUCGCGACGAUCGCAGACGUUUCAGGACGGUGUUGCGCGCGAGUCACUGGAUGAGGACACGAAGAAGGAAAUGGAUCUGCAGAUCUUCACCGUCACCGCCGAGAAGCUGCGUGCGAUGCGAGACAACGCAGAAAAGCACCCUGGUCGGUAA